AUGGCGCUAGCUGCUGUUGGCGGUAUCAACGAUGGAGAAGUGGAAAAAGAAGACUUCCUCGCUGCAUACGGCACCUUCGAGCUCGAUCCUUCGUCGCAGGCAUUCACGACCAAGACACCAAUGUGGUUCGCCUCUAUGACCAAAUUCGUCACCUCUGUAGCAGUCCUGCAGUGCAUCGAUCGUGGUUUGUUUGGGCUUGAAUCAUCCGAUGACGUAGAUCGACUUCUACCCGAAUGGAGUCAGCCCCAGAUCCUAGCGGGCUUCGAAGAUGGACAGCCUGAGUUGCAAAAUGCAAAAGAGAAAAUCACUGCAGGCAGGCUCAUAUCGCACACCUCCGGUCUAGCGUACGAUUUCCAUCCGGGACUGCUCCUGAAAUGGCGUCAGUCGCGUGGAGAAGGACCCAGAGCAAUGCGCGGCACGAUUCCCGAUGUCUUCACAACUCCGCUCUUGUUUGAACCAGGCACUGGAUGGGACUACGGGCCAGGCCAUGAUGUUGCCGGGCUUAUGGUCGCUAGAGCCAACAACUGCACGCUGGAGGAAUAUAUGCGUGAAAACAUUUUCGACGUACUCGGAAUGGACGACACAACGUUCGAGCCCCGCGCUCACCAUGAUGUUGCUGCACGGCUGCCACCCAUGGUCGGUCGACCUUUGCCUGAUGAGCCGUUAAGUGACGAGAUCGCAUCCUUGAACAGCACAAGGAACCUUAUGCUCGACCAUAAGGAUCAGUACGGUAGUGGCGGCUUGUUCAGCACAGCGGAAGACUACCUCAAGUUGCUGAAGUCCAUCCUGCGCAACGACGGCCAGAUCCUGAAACCGGAAACUGUAGACACCUUGUUUGUGUCUACAAUGUCGCCCUCAUCUGAUGCCGCGCUCAAUAUCACCCUCGCAAAUCCCGCCAUGGCUGCCGCCAUGAUUCCAGGCGAACCCAUCGUCGGAAGCCCGGGGGCUGGAGAAUGGACGCAUGGUCUCUUAGGCUUGAUCGGGUUGAUAAGCAAAGAAGGAGGGUUGCAAGCUGGAUGGACACAAUGGGGUGGUGCACCCAACCUGAAAUGGUGGAUCGACAGGAAGGGGAAUUCCUGCGGUAUUUUCGCGACACAGUUGAGCCCGCCAGGUGAAAAAAGACAUCAGCCUAUGACACAUCUCUUCCAGCAAGAGAUGGCAAAGCGAUAUCGAAGACCUUGA